AUGAAUGUAGAAAAUUCGCAAUUUGUGAAAUGUGCUUCAGUCAGUGACAAUCGGUUAUGCGCUAUGUGCUCAGAAAAUGAGUUUAAAUACAAAUGUCCGAAAUGUGAAGUAAAAACUUGUAGUCUUUCAUGCUGUAAUGACCAUAAAGCACAGUUUGAUUGUACGGGCAUAUGUGAUACUAUUACCUAUUGUCGGAAAGAGAAUUAUUCAAUGUUCUUCUUUCAGAAAGACUAUAGAUUACUAGAGGAAAUAGACAGGAAAAAUGCUUAUAGGGAGAAACAACUUUUGUCGCUAUCUCAUCGAAAUACUGGGAGGAUACGUAGAAGGAAUCAACUAGUAAAGUUGGCCAAUGAAUAUGGUGUAACACUUCGACUCGCACCAACACUCAUGUUGUCACGUACAAAAGUCAACAAAACCCGUGUCCAUAUACAGAAAGACGAACCUAAAAGUAUUUUAUGGAGCAUAGAAUUUAGUCUUAUGUCUUCAGAAGAAGCUUCAGAUGUAACUUGUAUUACCAGCCAUUCGAAAUCAAUACGUCUGGUCGUACAUGAUCAAGAGCAACUGACACGUUUAUGUACUAUAUGGAGCAAUCACAUACUUAAUGUAUCAUCUGAACGGCAAGAUGCGCUGAUUACGUAUUAUCCCUCUGGUUCACCGCCUUUUGGAAAAAUUUCAUCAUGGUUACAUUCCAAAACAAGUCGACCUUCUGAUUCCACUGCCAAGUUUUAUUUCUAUGUAAAUGUCCAAAAAAGUGGUGUUGAACAAGUAAGCAAAGAUAUCAAAACAACAACAACUCUUCAGAAUAAUUAUGUGGAAGUAUUCUCAACGAGAAGAUUGAUUGAUAUACUGACAAUCCCUGGCUUUAUCAUCCAUGAGAUGCCAACAAUUUAUGUCUCAAAGAAAGACUUGACAAACAAAAAUACAAACCAAUAG